AUGUUUGAGAAGCUCAGUGGAAUGCCAAACUGUUGUGGGGUCAUUGAGACCACACAUCUAAAGAUGCACCUACACAAGUCUGAAGGUGAAACCGGUGUGUGGCUCGACAAGAGUAAUAACAACAGUAUGAAACUACAGGUGAUCGUUGACCCGACAAUGCGGUUUGUUGAUGUGGUUUCUGGGUUCCCGGGACGUAUGACUAAAAACGGUGUCCUUCACCAAUCGGAAAUGUUACGUUUGGCACAGAAAGGAGAGAAGCUAAACGGGAAUAGAGGAGAACUUUCUAAACGAACAACGAUUCCUGAAUAUGUAGUUGGAGAAUCGGGUUUUCGGAUACUUCCAUGGCUGACGACUCCAUACCAUGAUGCAGGACUGAAUGAAGAUCAAACUGAAUUUAAUAAGAGGCAUUUAGCAACCAGGUUAGUUUCUAGUCGUGCUUUGAAGAAGUUGCAGCAGCAAGAUUGGCUCUAG